ACACGGCGAACCGACUGGCGAAAAGGAAAAAGCUGAUACAAGCAAUAAGGAAGACAGAGAGCCGCGAUCUGUAUCUAUCUGCCGAUUGCCGUGGCUGCUUCUACAGGCUGUAUGUGCAUGUAUUAACGAAUGGCUCGACUAUUGCUCCUAUAGGAGAAAACAAGAUAAGGCAAGGGUGAGAAAACCUCUCUAGUCGUCUACGGCUCAGCUGAACCGAUAGAGCCCCUAGGGCUCGCGUACACGCAUGCUGGCUGCUGCUGUUGUUGUGAGCCUGCUCUACCAGAUGCUGUGGCGCUUCGUUAACAACCGAGUUGUUAACGUCGAGCGCCGCUCGUCCUCAUAUUGCUGUGGUGCUGAUAGUGGGUAGUGAUAGUCUACGCUAGGGUCAGCUGCAGUUCCCAGGCGGUGAUGCUGAUGUGGUAGGACUGCGUUAUCCAACGUGGUGUUGCUGCGCCCUAUGCCUGUUUUCCAACCAGUGUCUGUUGCUGUCCCUUGUGAAUGUUGAGAUCUGCUGCUGCUGCUGCUGCUGUUGGCAGCAACAGACGGAAAAACAACAGCAGGAACAGCAUAGACACAUAAUAUAGUUCGAGUAGCUGUAGUGGUUGUUAUGGCUGUAGUCGUGUUCGUCCGAAUGUACGAAUAGUUUAGAGAAUAUACUGCGACUGCCCGUUGAAUAAUACCAGAAAAACGUAACAAAACAGCGCAUAAAGAUUGCCUAGUUGAUUUGCUGUAGUCGUCGUCGCCACAGCGGCCGAACACCAAGUCUACGAACGAACAAACUGACGAUAUAAGUAGUUGUUAUUUUUCCUUGCCCACAGACGACGACGACGACGACUAGUUGGAUACGAGUGGAAGCAUCGGCAACACUCGGUGUUAAUGUUGAUCAGCGUUUUGUUGUGUUGCGGCUCGAACCAUUAUUGGUAGGCUCGGAGGGUCGUUUGCUUCGUGUUAGUUGAAUCGGUUCCAUGGUCAUAGUGAAAUCGCAGGGGUGGUGUUUGUGACAGGGUCUCUCUGAGUGUGCAGUGCCCGCGACAGCGCUAUCGCCUAUUCAAAGGGAGUAAAGUACGAAGGCAGAAAGGGAACGAACGUGUGCGUGAGUGUGUAGCCACCGGCUGUGCGUGUUCUGGUAGAGUAAAGAAGCACAGCGAAAAACGUUGAGGGAGAAAAGAACGCCAAGUGUUAUCGCUCGCAAGUCGUGGCAGUAGACAACAGACAACGAGAACGCAGUCUGGACACGGCCAAAAGACUCAGACUUCGUUGCGGCCUGCGAAAAAAGAACGUAUGAACCGGUCGACGAUAAAGUUGAGCAACGCAACGAGCAGCAGUGACAGUCGCAGCGAAUUCCGUAAACUCGAGCACUGUGAUUGUUGCUUGCUAGUUGGUUAUAAGUGACUGGCUACCGACGAAUGACUUCGUAACGGUUGCUGCUAAAAAAAGCCGUUGUUCGAUCGCCGCAAGACGUGUGUUCUGCCGCGAGCGCUGGUCACCCAGUUACGGAGCGAUACUUCUCUCGAAUGCCCUCUCUGGCGUUUAGUGGAGAGCACUCCAACCUUGCCGUUACAACUCGUCUGGUCCCUCGCUUUAGAAAAAGGUUCAAAGCAGACAGAACACGCCAGCUUGUAUUGCGGCAGUGGCAGUGGAAUACCGUAGAAUCGUAGAGUCUGAGCUGUCGGAGUGGUUUUUUGCGAUUUAGUUGUUGUUCUCCGACGAAGAUGUAUUCGGCUGAAUAAGGAAACGACAUACUGCGCCGGGAAUCAGAGCAAAUUCAAGCAGAACUCUCUUGCGUGACAGCCGGGUCAAUUCCACGACGAAACGACACCCAAAAACGACGAAGCUUCUAUUCUGGCCUGCAGCUGGCGUUUCCAAAAGGUGCUGGCAGUUCAUAAAAUUUUUCUGUCGUGAAAAUUUAUAGAAGAAUAGAAGUAUAUAGCGAACGAACACCUCGAACGUGACAAGAAAAACGUCACUGAAAUACGGGAAAGCGUUGCAAAACAGUAAGAUUAUCACAGACGUUGAACGGCGCGUUCGUCCAUGUACUCUCAGCACAUCACUGACUGCUCUCUGACGCGCUCUGUCGUGAAGGUAGCGCAAGUAUGAUCAAGAAGCGCUUCUGCUAAACGCGCCCAACUCUACCACUCGGCCUAUCUCUGUUGCCUUCUACUUCGUUGUUGCUUUCUUGUCCAUAGUUUUGAUCCAAAACUGCUCACAUUGCGUCACCUGUAACGGCAUCAUAACAGGCAAAUACGUGAAAGCAUGCUAACAAAGGCUAUUGUUGUUGUUGUUGUUGCUGCUGCUGCUGCUGCUAUUGCUGCCGCUGCGGAACAACAACAAUAAUAACAUUGGUAACCGCAGCAUUAAUGUCGACGUGCAAUAGCGAAAAUUGCUGUUAACAAUAGGCACAUGGUCGUGUCCUGCGCUAUCCCUAAUUGGCUACAUGCUCGUUAACCAGCGUCAGCAGUAGCAGAGAUAGCGGUUUAAAUUCGAUAUCCAUAGCCAAUGGCGAUCCGUCGUUCCCUUAAUCACAGCCGUUCGAUUUCUAGCGAGUCGAUACUCUGUGCUGUUGUGCUCGCAGUUCAGAAGAGAAGGAUAGUGUAACAAUGUCGUAAAUGAUUAAAAAUAAAGGCAAGAAGAAAGUUUUCCUUAACUAGUAAGUUUGUCCAAUUUGUCUGUAAAUUAUUCAUGUGAAAAGUGGAGACGCCGAUAACAACAACGGUAGCGGCAGCAGCAGCAACGGUGCAGAUACUGACGACAGUCAAACUUGACAUAAUAUAUAAUAAGCGGUAUGUAUAUUGUACUGUAAGUGAUACACAUAUGGAUGCGCGACUGUUUGUGCGGGCCCCAACGAACUAGAGGAUACACUUAAUCGGUCCAAUACGGGUUGUAGUAGUACCGGUAGCAGCCUCACAAGACGUCCCUAAUGUGUUUCUAUAUAUAAAUCUCAAAGAACAUAGUGGUAUAUAUAUAUAUAUACGUAUAGAUGAUACGCGAACAUUGAGAGUGUAUGCAAAGGACGGGGCACCUUUUGCCCUUAGCUACUACUACUACUACUACUGCUACUAGUACUACAACCACUACGUCGACGGAAGAAAUUCUGUAGACAUGGCAAACACCGAACCCCCGAAUUGGGGCGUGGAACUCUGGGAUCAAUAUGAGAAAAUCUCAGGACACACCCUUAAUGGCGUGCAGUUUCUGGAGAACUUCCUCGCGUUUAUCAAGGAGCGUUCUGCCAUAGAGAACGAGUACGCCGACAAGUUACGCAAGAUGGCGCGGAAGUAUCAGCCGAAAAAGGCUCGACAGGGGCUGGUGGAGGAAGAUGACACUAAUUUCACUACGCACCUGGCUUUCAAUGCGAUGCUCAAUGAAAUAGCAGAUCUGGCAGGCCAGCAUGAGGUCAUCUCCGAAGUACUGGUUCAGAACAUAGCCAAGGAGAUUGCUAGCCUCGUCCGCGAGCUUAAAGACGAAAGGAAGCGCCUACUGGCCGAGGGGAGCAAGUUGCAGCAGAAUCUGCAAAGUUGUGUCCAACAGAUGGAGAAGUGUCAACGUUCCUAUAUUAAAGCACAUCGCGAUGCUGAGAAGAUGCAGGAGAAGUAUGAACGGGCCGAAAAUGAUAUGCAUCUCUCUCGAGCCGAGAUCAAUGUCGCUAGGCUGUCUUCAAUAUCUAAAAACCAGUUCUGUGAGGAAUCCAAGGCGGAGUACGCUUCACAGCUUCAAAAAACCAACGAACUCCAGCGAAUGCACUUCAACGAAUACAUGCCCCGUGUUUUCAGCGAUCUUCAACAGAUGGACGAGCGACGAAUCACGUGCAUUCAAAAUUUCAUGAAGGAAGUAGCACAAGCCCAGCUCAAGGUGAAUCCCAUCGUACUGAAAUGUCUCAAUGAGAUUAUAGCCGCUGCCGACAAAAUAGAUCCAGUCAAAGAUUCCGAAAUGGUCGUUGACAAGUAUAAAAGUGGUUUCUUCCCUCCGGACGAUUUCCCAUUUGAGACUCUGAGCGAAGAAAAGACGAACGGUGCGAGUCUUAACUACAGCAGCGGCGGUCCUCACCACAAAAAAGAGACGCAACGUGGAACGAUCUCUUCAAAAAUAAAAAAAAGGACGCUUCUUUCUACAAUAUUCGGCCCGUCGAAUAAGAACAAUCUUGAGGAUGCGAAGGAUGAGACUUGGUCGGACCUCCCGCCGAAUCAGCGGCGCAAAAAGAUCCAGAAAAGGCUCAACGAUAUCCGUGAUGAGUUGGCGCACGAGACGAAUCAGAAGGAUGGCCUACGAAGAAUGCGAGAGACGUACGAAGGCAACUCAGCGCUUGGAGACCCAGCAUCUCUUGACGCCGAAAGCGACCGUUGUACCAAACGUAUUGAUAGCUUACACCAGCAGGCACAAAGAUAUCAGAGCCUUCUGAACGAGAUCGAGUCCUCGACGCCGGACGCGGUUAAACGACAUAGCGGUCACGCUCGCGGCAACUCGAUCAUCAGCGCCGAGGACACGGGCUCUCUCUCGCGCUCCAACUCCGACGAAUCGAACAUUCACAACAAUUCAGUGUACGCGACGAUUGCAGGUGGAGGUGGAAACUACACGGGCAGUUCGAACGGCGAUCACGGUGCGUUCAACUCGGAAAGUGGCGUCGGUAGCGGUUCCCUCCGGGACAUCGAUGAUCCGGACUUUGACGCCCCCUGCAACGACGGUGAAAACGAGCCGCUUCCGCCUUUAGGCACCGCCAUAGCACUUUAUACGUUUCAAGCGGAGAACGAGGGUGCGAUAUCAAUGAACGAGCAGGACGAAAUGUACAUUGUUGAACUUGAUCAAGGUGACGGUUGGACGCGAGUAAGGAUGCGAAACGGCAACGAUGAAGGCUUCGUCCCUUCUUCGUAUCUCGAUAUCACAAUGUACAAUACUUGCUAGCAUGCAGGUGGCGCCAACUUUAUUAGCGCAGGAGGUCUAUACCUUCGAAAGAACACUAGCCUGAUCACUGUUAGUACCAUUGUGAUUAUCGUUAGUGCGGUUACCACUACAACACUAUUGAUUACCAGCGGCUAUUGCAUCAUGUUGCAUAUUCAGCCACACUUGCCCCCUAAAACGUCAUUGUGGUAUUAUUAAGUGGUGACGGAACAUUUCGACCAGUACAUAGCCUGCACAUUAGUUAUUACUAGUAGUCCAAGUGGUUCGCUGUGCAGACUUUCAUCAUCCAUCAUGAAUAAGCAAUUUGAAUGAACGUACUUUGACAAUUUCCGUAUCUGCAAAUAGAGAGGAUGUUUGUGGGGAUUUAUAAGAAUUAAGUGGACUUACAUGGGCUUGGUAGGUGUGGAUCAACUUCACCUACAAAAUUCUGCGUUCUCAAUAUAACACAAUCCACGAUAUUUAUUUGUCAGUCUCGAUUAUGUCCUUGUCAAAUGGAAGAGAUUCGUGGCGACAUUCCUAGAAAAAUUAUUUCAUGGCUACUUUAUAUAUAUAUAUAUAUAUGUAUGUAUAUAUAUGUAUGUAUGUACAUACAUAUAUAUAUAUACAUACAUAUAUAUAUAUAUAUUCUCUAUAAGACGUAAUUGCCACUGCAAACUAUGCUGUGGCGGCUGGUUUGCAAUGAGUCGAGUGCGCGGGAUAGACUUCAUUUUGUUUUUGUGCAGUACGGCUCUCCCAGCAGCAAAAUGGUAAUCAAUUGGUGUGUGAAGCUCUCGAUGAUUGUGAAAGUAGAAAUCGAACACAUAAGUCAUCAGUUGUGCGACAAACUUACGGUUUAAAGACUUACGGAGUAGAUUAGAAAUGCGAUUCCAGUCUAUACCGUACACCAUGCCAUUCUCCACAUAUAAAGCUAUGUGACAUGACCAUGAGGUGUAGAUAUACAUGUCCGAAAUUUCUGGAGAAGGCUUUUCCAUACUGAUAAGAAACAGAUAGUCGAUUGUGGCUAUUACUUCGUGAUCCCGUGAGAGGAUGGCUACAAAAGAUGUAUAUGCAUAUAUCACGAAAAACAAAGCUGUCGUACGCAUUUAAAAAGCCGAAGCAACCUUAAAACGACGUAAAUGUCAGAGUAGCCAUAUCAUAAUCUUAAAAUCGCCUUAAAGCCGAAACGGCGUGUGCACAUGAAAGGGUGCAGUGUAGGAGGGAUUUCCAGAACUUAGCUACAUCUUCGAGUCAGUCACAACGUACCAGUUGAUCGUUCGUUCGAGCUGUUAGAAUCAAACACAGGAACAGUGCACAUGUCGUCUGCAAAAGUCGUCUGCUAAAUGAGCGGUUUCAAUCGUAAACUUGGACUUCGAUGCAGAUUGACUAGCAAAAAGGAAAACCAGAGAAGAACCGUGGAUAUCUAGACAGAGCAAAUACGCAAAAGAUGCUAUUUAUUCGAAUGUGUAAUAAGGCAUAAAGAAAAGCAAAGACAGGAAAUAAAAAUGACACAAACAUACGACAAAGCUUGAAUAAUAUCGACUGCGAUCAAAUUCAUGGUGAGACCAGAAAUAUUUGGCGAAGAUCAAACUAUAUAUAUAUGAAAAUAUGUAAUUCCAAGUUCAGAUACAUAUUAUGAUAAAGGACUACUAAGACAAACAAAGGGGGUAGCAGACACGCACGACUCGCGCAAUGCUUACAUAAAUAUACAAAUCUAUACAAAAAUAUAUAAUAACAAACACAGUUGCGUAAGUAGACAUACAAAUAUCUAAUAGAUAUACUAAGUGCGUGAGCUGGUCGGCCAGAUAUAGUAAUGUGUUCCUAAACCAUUAUUUUUUGAUAAGCGACCUUCGAACCUCGCACGUCCCUCAUAGCUCAUCUAACUUGAGGCGAUCAAUAAGCUGGUGUAGAUCGGCACUUGAGAACUUAAAGCAGGCGCAAUCGCAAUUAAGAGAGGGAGAAUAGUUACACGACUGAGAUAGUCAACGCCGAGAAGCACAGAAAGAAAAAGGUUAUGUGGGUGUGCGGGAUAGGUUUUUAUUUUGGACGGGAGCAAAAAUUGUCAUGAAAAGAACUUCGUGACGGUCCCGAAUAUCAAGUCCAUUAUCCGAGAUUGCCGAAAUAAGCCGUGACUUCGUUCAACCGAAAUCGUCCUCGUUUCUUUUACGUUUGCUGCACAACAUUUCGUCGGUUCCCUUUCUGUAAAGUUCACUAUGAACGAUUGACUACUAUCGCGGACGAAGGAGGAGGCAAGAUAGAUAAAAAAAAAUAGGUGAAAACGUAAAAAAUCGGUCAGGGAAAUGAAGUUCAGGGAAUCACCGAAAAAAAGCAAAAUGAAAAAAGGUCGGUUAUUGUAUUAUGUAGUAUCUAGUUAGGCUACGCAUAGAAAGCCAAUAGAAAAAUAAGCAGAGACGAUCGGAGCGAGAAUCGAAUAAUUACGCGAAUGUAGCGAUUCGCUGAAAAUAUUAAGUAAUAACACAGGUAAGGGUAAAUAGGGAAUUGAUGCGUUGGAGAGCACCCACUAGGUAGCUCAAACGAAACUAGUAGGUGACUAUAGAACUCGUGUAUAUACUUCAAUCUUCAAAAGCAAAAUCCGAAGGGAAAGAACGGAGAAGCUAACAACAGAUGAAAUAGAAGAGCAAGAGGUCAACAUGUGAAAAGUCGAUCAGGGAAAUAAAGUCAACUGAGCCAAACAGAAAGAGAAGGAAUAAAGCUCGGUCACUUUAUUAUGUAA